UUGUCCAUCGCCGAAUCUUCUGGAAAACUAGAAAUACUAUGCGGACCGCGGCACAUGUUCGAAGUGUGCUACCUUGUCGGACGUGCAUCGGGCCGCGUCGGGAUCAGUGCACCUCGUGUCCUUCUGGCUGGAGGUUGGUUGGCCGCCGGCGAGUGCCACCCGGAAUGUCCGCAAGGCGAAUGCAUAAACUCGUCUGUUGCCUGCAAGCGGUGUAUAGCUGAGUGGGGCGCCUUGCACACCGCGGAGAGGGAGCGUCUCGCUCCCAGUGUGGCGGCCGUCACACUUACUAUGUGCGCGGCUGCAGCCACCGUGUUCUUCGCAGCGCUUUUUGUUUUACUGAUUAUUUGA